AUGCCUUCUGGAGAGGGAAAAACUCCGUGUCUCCGCUGCGCCCGACACAGUCGGGUGGAUUUUCAGGUUAAACCUUAUGCAAAAUGGACCCGGGAAACACAGUCUUUUGUAACUCAAAUGUACUUGACCAUAAACUGCUCUUCCUGGAAGAAAACAGGUUGCUUCGGAGUAGCACAAAAGCAAUGGGGCACUAAUGGUCAGAGGACAUGCACAGGCCUUCAGCGGGAGAGUGCUGCGGAGAGAAAAUCAAGCUCUACCAAGGAAUCUCUGUCAUCACCAAAUACAAAAUUGGUUUCAUCAAUGGUCACUUCACAGAUGAUUGAUGAGAACAAAUCAAAAGAAAAUUGGCCCUCUUUGCCUACGUGGUCCAUGAUCCCUCAGCCCAGUGCUUAUCACACCAAGCAAUCUUUGGCUAACCAUGGUUCGGUCAACAUUAACAGAGCAUUUAUGGUCCUUCCCAGCAAAAUAGAAAUCCAAGCAUCUUUAGAUGACACCACAUCUCCAUCGGACUCUCCCAUCACAGAGGAAAAACAGCAUCAAAGACAGCAGAAAGGGUUUGCCUCCAUAACUAUUACAGCCAGGCGUGUUGCUGUGGGCUCCAGCGACCCAACCUGUGGAGCUGGGGCUCCUCAAGAACCCAACGCUUUGUUCCCUACCUCGGGCAAAGUCCUUGCUGCUCUCCAUCACUGGCCUCUGCCAGGCCACACAAACCAAAAUGCCUCUCCAUUAAAGAUUUCUGAAUCUUGCUCACAAUUAGGUGAAGAGCCACGAAAGCAGUUUUUUAACCCUGGAAACAAGGAGUACGGCGUGCGUCUUCAAAGCAGUGAUGGGAGAGAGAAAGUACCACCUUCAUUCCUCUCGUGUGUCCACCUUCAGGUUUCUCAACAGUGUCCAAAUACCAUUUACUAUUUAGACAGGUGGCUCAAUGUGUGCAUUGGCCAACCUCAAGUUAAAUGCCAAAAAAUCCAUAGGUCAACGUUGUCCUUCAAUAUAAAUUGCAGUUCAUCUAGAUUAACAGCAGAUGGAGUAGAUGGCAUAGCUAAUGGAGAGCCCGUAGCGGAGAUAUUUCGAACAAAGCUCCUAGGAGAAAACAAGACUCCACUCAGAUCAAACUUGAGUGCAGACUUAACAGAAAAUGAUGUAAUUAAGGAGAAAACAAAUGAAGGCUUUUUGGGUCGUAAAUACCCUUGGCAAAGUGUCUUUGUCUCUGAACUUCCAGCAUUUGUGGAUAUACCCAGAGGACUGAAUAACGUAGUAACAACAAAGCAAGAUGGCAAUAAGCAGUCUGGUAGCUAUCACACUCUAUUUUCUUUCCAACUUCCUAAUUCAAGUGAUGAGACAG